GGGCAAGAAAAGUCUAGGAUUUUGUUUUGGUUGCGUGUGUGCGGCGUGCGCGUUUGUGUUGACGAAGUUAAUAAAAAAAUUUGACUGAAAGAAAAAAGAGGAUACAGUAGCCCAACAGUUGACUCACACCUUUAAAAAGCAGGUACUUUGUCCCUGGAGGGACGGCAAUCCAUAGGGCAAAAAAAAAGAAUUUGAAUCGACAGAAUUUCGGACGAAAAUAUCGUCCAAUUUAUUUGGAUUUUUUACGAAGCAAAAGGAUGUCGGAUGAUACGGAGAAGGACGAAGAAGAGAAGCCUAUAGUGCCGAAGACACCCGUAGAUCUGCAGAGGCUAAAACUAAUGAAGCUAAUGAAGAACGCGGAUAAACCAGUUAUAUUGCCAGAACGUCCAAAAGCCAAGAAUACGCCCUCUGUACCAGAAUUCGUUCGUAAUGUUAUGGGAAGUAGUGCUGGAGCAGGCAGCGGAGAGUUUCAUGUGUAUAGACAUUUGAGACGUAAAGAAUAUGCGCGGCAAAAAUUUAUUCAGGAGAAGGCACAUAAGGAGCUUUUGGAUGAGGAAUACCACAAAAAAUUGGAAGAAAAUAAAAAAUUAGCAGACGAGGCAACAGCAAAGAAGCGUGCUAAGAGAUUGAAAAAGAAGCAACAGCGUAAGCAGAAGAAACGUGCAAAGACAAAGGAGAAUAACACUAUUGUUACAGAUGAAAAUGACAGUGAAAACGACAGUUCAGAGGAUGAGGAUGAGGAGAGUAAGACUGUGAAAAGUAGUGAAGUGAAAGUGAAGUCCAAAGAAAAUGAUAGUUGUAAGAAUGUGUCUGCUGAUGAGAGUGAAGUGAAGAUAGUGACAAAAAAGGAAUCGGCAUUAUCUGUGGAAGAAAAUCAAGAAGAUACAUUAAAAACGUCAUCCAAAGAAUUGAGCAAAAACAUUCAAAGUGAAAACGACACGUAAUGCACAUUAACAUUCUCUUAUCAAAUUUGAGAUUAUGUAUAUUUAAUCAAUGUAUAAUAAUUAUGUAUUAUAAUUAAACGUUUAGUUAUAAGUAUAACUAAAUUUAGAUUUGUCACUAUUGAAAGAAACAUUCAUAAAAAUAUAAUUUAUGUAUUAUCAAAAUCUUA